GGGCCUGAAAGAUAACAGAGUGCAGGCUGAGGCCACAGAUGUCCCACCAGUCUUCCUUGGCGGACUUCUUGCACUGACCUUGGCAAGCGAGCUCAUGAUCUCAGGAUGCACGGAAAAAUGAUCUUUGUGCUACUAUUGUCAGGUUAUAUUUUUACUAAAGCUGUUGCCACAACUACUCCAAAAAUAGGUGUUACAACUACAACAUCAGCUUCGCUUUCCACCGACGGCUCAAUAUCAACCACUCCUAGUGGUCCAAAGAAAACCCCUCCUAGUACGCCUGUACCUACUACAGAAAAGGAAGAAGCCGCAAGACAAAGAUAUCCACACAAUUUCUCACAACCAGUAAUAACAGUCAUUAUUUAUUCUGUGAUGGCUGUUAUCAUUGGAAUUAUCCUCAUAAGUGCUCAGCUUAUUGGCCUGCUGAUAAAGAGAAAUCCAACUCUUGGAACAAGCGAUCCUUUAACUUCUGUAAAAAUAGGAGAAACAGUAUAGUAACCGAUGAGAAUCUGUUCACCAAGCCAAAUUUUGGAAGAACUCAAAGACAAGACUUCAGUCAAGUGAAAAAUAAACAUGUAAAUUUUGGUCAAGUGAAAAAUGAGCAUGUAAAAAAAACCCAAUAAAUUGUAUACCUUCCAAAGUUGUACAAUUUCAGGAUGAAAAUUUCAUUGUAAUGAGUCCAGUGACAAAUAUUUUCUUUCAUGCUUGUUUUUGUGUGUUAGCAUAAUUUUUAUAAUUAAGUAACUUGGAAUUCUUAUCCAAAACUUUAGUUGGCUUCGUCCACAAUUCUUUAAGACUGACAUUCUAUUCUUUUGUAUUUUAAUGAUUGUGCUGUCAAAUGAAAGGCUUGUAACAUCUAGAUAAAAUCUAAGUUCUCUUCUCAUUCUAAACUUCCAAGUCUAUUUUCAUUGUUUUGAAUAAAUUAAGAGGAUAGCGAAAUGCUAUUAUUUCCUUCAUUGCUGAACAGGCAGGGUAUGUAUUACACUAAUGAUGAUGAUGUUUUAGUCACACUAAUAAAGCUUGUGCUUGGAAAUGCCUUGCAUCAUACAUACAUACAUACACAUAUACAUACAUACACAUAUGUACAUAUACAUAAAGAUAUGGACAUAGAUAUAGAUGUAUGAAAUGACACCUACUUUCAUCCUAUAAUGCAUAAAUCAACACAAAAGAUUUUUCCCAUUAAAAAAGUGAGGUGUUACACAUGUGUAAAUGGCUCAUUUAAAAUAACUGUCUGAUAGUCUAGAGCAUUAACUCGUUCAGGGCACUGACUGAUGCAUUGUGGUCGACUGGGAGAGUUAGUUAUGUCAGUGGGCAGAGUAUCCUGAGAAAGAAUUAAUGAUUUUUUCUUCCUAAUAACUCUGUAAAUGCAACAAAAUGUGCAAAUUUAACAUGCAGGUAAAUAUAUUAAAAGGUUACUCUGUAUUGUCAAUUAAAUUCUUUAAUCUGUCCAGUCCUGGUUUCUCUUAUUAGUAAAGUUUUGGAAACUGGUUUAAAUAAUCUAAAAGAAAUUUCUGGAUACAAGAGACUAAGCCUUUGUGACUAUACAGUUAUCACUCAUUUACAGUAAAACUUGAAAAGCAAUGUAAAAACAAAGUACCUUCUUGUGAUGUUCUAUUUCCAGAUGAACAAAAAUCCAUAUAGCUUUUCAUUGUUGUAUAAUAAUUAAGUAAAUAAUAUUAUGUACAUAUUUGAGCCUGGGAAUGUAGAUUUACUUUUUAAUAAGUUAAAAAAAUCUAAAUCUUAACCUACUUGUAUGUUCAGAGAGUAUUCUUGUACUAAAUUGAUUAUAUAAAAAUAAAGAAUAAGAACAACAUA